GUCUGUUGCUGCCUGUUCGCUGUGGCCAUUUCCUGUCCAACCUUCGGAGCAACAGGGGUUCUGGUCGACAAUGGCUGAGGAGCGAGAGAAAGACUUGCAGAAAUUUCUUAAAGAUGUGGAUGAAAUCACCAGUUUAAUUCAGGGGAUGAAUUCUGAUGACCCAGACGUUCAACAGAAAGCCGUCCUGGAGACAGAAAGGAGACUGCUGCGUACUGAGAACGGCCAAGGCGAGGACGUGUGCAGGACCACCUUGAACAAGACCGUGAUCAGCCCUCCGCACCCUGCUACACAGAAUGCAGAUGAUCUAAACUCAGAGGCCUUCUUGGUGUCUCUAGAGAAGGACGCCAAGGAACGUGCCAAGAAGAGACAGGAAAACAGAGUCAUCGCCGAGGCCCUAAAGGAAAAGGGGAACGAAGCAUUCGCCGAAGGUGACUACGAGACGGCUGUCCUGCACUACAGCGAGGGUUUGAAGAAGCUGAAAGACAUGAAAGUCCUGUACACCAACAGAGCCCAGGCUUACAUAAAGCUCGGGGACUACCAGAAGGCACUGGUGGAUUGCGACUGGGCUCUAAAGUGUGAUGAGAACUGCACAAAAGCAUAUUUCCAUAUGGGGAAAGCCCACCUGGCGCUGAAGAACUACGGUCAGUCCAGAGAAUGUUAUCAGAAGAUCUUAGAAAUAGACCCCAAGCUGCAGCCACAGGUGAAAGAUUGCCUGCACCACGUGGGUCUUCAGGAGAAAGCUGAACUUCAAGAGAAGGAGGCCCAUGAAUCGCUGGCUUCGGGAAACAACACAGCCGUGACCACCAGGAAUCUCCUGGAGACCCUUUCCAAGCCUGACCAGAUUCCUUUGUUCUAUGCCGGGGGGAUUGAGAUCCUGACGGAAAUGAUGGCCGAGGGCACAGAGCGAACUUUAUUCAGAACACACAGUGGAUUCAGUAUCAUUGGUGACAAUGAGGUCAUAAGAAGAUGCUUCUCCUCUGCAGGGAAGGACGCAGUCGAAGAGACCGUGUGCCUGUCUGUUCUCAGGCUCUGGCAGGCUGUGUGCAGGGAGAAUGAAGAAAACCAGCGCCUGCUGUUGACGUGCCCCGGCCUGGGGGGGCUGCUGCCCUGUCUCUUGGCCUCCGGAGUUGUGACCCUCCGGCAGCAGAGCCUGGCCUUGCUGCUACAGCUCGCCCAGACGGAGACCGGCCGGAGCCUGAUCCUCAGCCACCUUGACCUGACCCGAUUGCUGACAGCCCUGCUGUCCUUCCUUGACUUCUCGGACAAGAAGGCGAACACUGCCAUGGGGCUGCUGACGGACUUGGCUCUGGAGAGAAGAUUCCAAGUCUGGUUCCAGGCCAGCCUUCCAGGUGUUCUCCCUGCACUUACAGGCGUGCUGAAGCGCGACCUCAAGACCACCAACCCCUCAGCUCUCUGCCAGUGUGUCGCCAUCGUGGGAAACCUCAGCGCUGACGCUGCCACCAGAAGACAGCUGGCCGGCUGUGAAGAGUUCGGGGACGCCUGCUUAGGCUUCAUGGCCAAAUGUGAGGAGGAUGCGGACGUGUUCAGAGACGUCAUGUACACGUUCCUGGGUCUCCUGAUGAACCUGUGUGUGCACGCCCCCUUUGUCUCUGAGGCGUGGGCCAUGGAGGUGACCAGGAGGUGCGUGGUUCUGCUGGACAGCCAGGACGGAGGAAUCCUAACAAGAGCGGCUGGCGUUCUGAGCCGGACCCUUCCCACCUCGCUGAAGAUAGUGCAGGAGGCGCUGCAGGCAGGGGUGGUGAGGAAGAUGAUCAAAUUCCUGAAGGCCGGAGGCCAGACAGCACCCCGUUACGCCAUUAAGACCCUGGCCGUCUGCACCAACAGUUGUCACGAGGCUCGGGAGGAAGUGGUCCGGCUGGAUAAAAAGUUUCAUGUUUUGAUGAAGUUGCUCAGCUCCGGGGACGAGAUACUGGUGGGAAACGCCGCCCUCUGCCUUGGCAACUGCAUGGAGGUGCCCAAUGCAGCGGCCGCCCUGCUGAAGACGGAGGUGGUGAAGGUCCUGUUAGCACACGCGGGCGGGGACGCCCAGGAGACGGCUGUGCAGCUGAACGCCGGGAUUGCGCUGGGGAAGCUGUGCACGGCCGACCCGAGGUAUGCUGCCCAGCUGAGGGGCCUACAUGGACUGGAGAUUCUCAGCUCCACAGUGAAGCACAUCAAAGACCCCUGAGCACAUCAAAGGCCCCUGUGUGCAUGGGUGCCAAUAAAUCAUUCUGUGCUGCGUG